AUGGCGUCGAAAGCGUUGAGAAGUUUUCUCCCUCUAUUCGACCGCGUUCUUGUGCAACGGUUUGAGGCUACUGCGACCACCAAGGGUGGCAUAGUGAUUCCGGAAAAGGCCAAGGGCAAAGUUCUAGAAGCUACCGUAGUCGCUACGGGACCAGGACGCGUCGUUGAAAGUGGAAAGGUUAUUCCUCUCUGCGUGAAGGUCGGUGAAACCGUAUUCCUUCCGGAAUACGGCGGCACGAAAGUAGUUCUGGAUGACAAGGACUACUAUUUGUUCAAUGAGUCCGAAAUCUUGGCGAAGUUGGAAAAUUAG